AUGGAGCCUGUGGCCGAUCCUUUACAUUAUCCAUUGAUGCAACCAUCAUCAUUAUAUCACACAUGUCGAUCCGUCCUUGAUGGCAUGGCAGCCGUCCCUGGAUUACUGCCUUAUCUUGAUAAUGAAACAACAACAACGCAACAACACAAUGACCCAUUAAGCAAGCUAUGGUCCAUAUGCCGGCAAGGCAGCAGUCUAUGCCUUUUAUUCAACACCCUUCGAUCUGAUACCCCCAUCAAAUUACAGCAAAACGAUGGCACGUCUAUGAAGCCAAAAGCAUGCGUCUAUCAUUUCAUCAUUGCUUGCCGUGAUCAUUUGAAGUUACCAGAGGAUCAACUCUUUACAGUGACGGAUCUUUAUCAAGAUGAUACCAAUGGUUUUGUAAAGGUUGUCAAUACGGUGAAUCAUCUUUUGGAAUUGCUUGAAGAUGGCGGCAUGAUUUUGAUCCAACGCAGCAGCCCGCAUCCCACCAACUACUCCGAUCAACCUAAAAGUACGCGUGAUAAGGUUGUGUCCGAACUAUUGGAGACUGAACGCAAGUAUGUACACGACCUUGAGAAGCUUCAGCAUUGCAUGCGCCAGGCACAGACUCAGCAAGUAUUAUCUCCUGAUACGUUACAUCAGCUAUUUGGCAAUUUGAAUGCUUUGGUGGAUUUCCAACGAUGGUUUCUUGUAUUUGCUGAAAGCAACGCUGAUCGUGCACCUGAAGAACAACGAUUUGGUCAGCUCUUUAUUCAACAAGAGAACGCGUUUUCUGUAUAUGAACCAUUUUGUGCCAACUUUCAGACGGCGCAAUGUCUUGUCGUUCAAGAAGCUACAAAGUUGCAGCAAUUGACGGAUAUCACCAACCCUGCUUACGAAUUACCAUCACUCCUUAUCAAGCCUGUGCAACGCGUGUGCAAAUAUCCUUUGCUCGUUCAAGAAUUAUUGAAAGCAACACCAGAGGAAUGGGCAUUCUAUGAGGAAACCAAGCUGGGUUUGGAAGCUAUUCAGCGUGUGGCAGCCAAGAUCAAUGAGACAAAGCGUCGUCAAGAGAAUCAAUUGCUUGCAGAGGAUCUCAAACGGCGUGUUGUUGAUAAUCGGCAUCAUUGUGAUAUACCAGGAUGCGGUCAGCUCUUGUUACAUGAGCGGGUGGUGCUUCAUCGCAACGAGGUGGAUCAUGAUGUGCUGCUAUACCUCUUUGAAAAGGCCCUUUUGAUUUGCAUGGAUGAGAAGGAUAUCAACAAAAAGAACGCUGCCAAAGGAUCCAAAAAGAAGACCAAGAUGAGCAAAGAUGGACCUGGGUUAGUGAUCAGAGGCCAAAUCAGCUUAUCUCAAAUUGCCCAAGCUUCGGAUAUCAGCCAUGAUGGUCAACAUGCGCUCAAAUUGUUUUGGUCUGAACGUGAUCAACGCUCAUGUUCUUUCACCAUUACCAACUGUGUAUUGAAAUUCAGGAAUGAAGAACUAUUGAAGCAAUGGAAUGCAGCAUUGGAUAAGCUGAUCAAAAUUGACAAGAGAUUAUCGCGUGAAAGCCGUGCAGCUGCUGAAGCCCUUGUGAGGAAACAUCAACCGGAAAUGGCAUCAUCAACAGGGAUAUGGGAAGGUGCCCAUCAACUUCCUGAAGAAUACGGCAGCAGCAGUAGUGACAUUGAUUUCUCGCACAUACAACGAUCAACGAAUUCAAGUGAUGAAGAUGAUACAAGCUUGCAAGGACGUCUUCGUAGUCAUUCACAUCAUGCUGUAUCACAACGACAACAUACGCGUACAGGCAGUAAAAGUUCAGCAUCAAUGCCACCCACAUCCAAUAGCAACGAUCGAAGGCAUCAAUAUUACACCGCAACAAUGCCAGGAAUGUCACUCCCACCUCUCCCACGAGAUACAUUAGCUGGCGAGUUUUCACCAUUGUCGUAUCCAUCAUCACCACUCACAGGCUCAUUCCCAUCCACGCCAUCCAUAUCCAAUCGUACAUCCACUUGUAGUGCAGGCUCUGGUCAGCAAACACCACAACGUAAUAGAACAGCCAACGAGUUAUCGAGUCUAUUGAAUGGACCCGUGUUUCUGGAAAACGAAGAUGAGGAUGACUUUUGUCGAGCAAUAACAGCACCAUUCAUGCAAGAAGCUCGUUAUCGAUCUCAGAGCAGCCCUGAUAUAGCAUCCUUUGAACAAGAGGAACCAUCCAUGACGAUCAAUUCCCGGACGUUAUAUCACGUGGAACCUAAGAGUAAUAGCUCCUUUGCCAAUCGGCAUCAUGAAUCACACGAUGGAACCUCAAGGAUGGCACCAAAUGAUUCAAAUAUGGUUGCAGCAGCAGCAGCAGCAGAUGAGGACGAUGAAGAAGCACACGAUCGGAGACCCCUUGUGAUAAAAGCCAAGCUCAAUUACAUGAAUGAUUUGUAUGUGAUCAAGGUACCGAUUUGUGCCAGUUACAAUGAUCUUAUGGAGAGGAUUCAACGCAAGGUCCAAUCCAAGCACCAAUUCACACUCAAGUAUCAAGACGAGGAUGGUGAUUUAGUGAUCAUGAGUUCGGAUGAGGAUGUACAAAUCGGCUUUGAGAGUCGUGGUGCAAGUAACACAGUACAAAUACAUGUCAUUCAUUAG